AUGAUUCAACCCGGACCAAGCUCUCUCGGCUCUUUUGCGGGUUUCAAGGCGCACGAGUUUGUGGCACAUGCUGGUAAGACCAACUGCGUCGCCGUUGGGCCGCGAUCGGGACAAGUCCUUGCUACCGGAGGAGAUGAUAAGAGAGUAAACGUGUGGCGAAUCGGUCGUGCCAGCAGCAUUUGGAGUCUCACGGGAAACAGCUCGGGUAUCGAGAGCCUGCGAUUUGAUCCCACAGAAGAGUUCCUGGUGAGCGGGAGUGCGGGGGGGGCCGUAAAGCUGUUCGACCUCAGCGCCGGCAAGAUGACCAGGCACUUCCGAGGGCACAUGUCCAACGUAACCGUCAUCGACUGCGGUAGCUUCGACCGCCGAUUCGUCACCACUGGCUCGAUGGACUGCCAGGUCACAGACGUCCAGUUUAGCCCCGACGGCCAUAUUCUAGCCUCGGCGGCCGCGGACGGACAGGUCAAGUUGUGGGAUCUAAGGGCCGGAAAGCCCAUGCACACGUUCCAGGCGUGCUCGGGAGCCGUGCGCGCGAUUCGAUUCAACCCCCAGGAGUUCUUGCUUGCGGUGGCCACGAGUGAUCGGACGGUGAAGCUCUAUGACAUCGAGUUCAUGGAGCUGUUCUGUCCCACAGCGCCCGAUACAUGCCCGACCAGGGCGAUUACCUUCGACCCAGACGGGCAAAAGAUGUACUGCGCCAGCCCUUCCGGCCUGCGGAGGUGGAGCUGGGACAACCACAUCGCGUCCGCGCAGCUAGAGGCCAUGGGUGACGUUCCGUGGGGCAAGGUCGGGGCGGGAGCGCUUCACUACAACGCCGACGGCCAACAGGGUCGCAACUUGGGAGCAGCAUCAGAAUCAUCGGCCCCACUCGAUACACCGGCACGAGGGGCAACGACAACAGCGACGGAAUCCCCCUCCGAUCCUUCUUUGUCAACGACGGAUAGGGAGUACGGAGAUGCCGACGCUAAGGUGCCUGAGUCGAGACCCUCGAGGGGGAACACGUUCCCUGCAAGCAGAGACGGGCAGCGGUCCCACAGCCGGGAUUCUAAGCCGACGAUGGAAAAGGAGGCAAGCGGCGGCGACGACGGCUCGAGCGGCGGCGGCCGCGCCGGCAACGCCGGUAACGCCGGCAUGCCGGCCUUCCAGGUUCUCGGCCGACAGGUGGUCCUUCUCCCAACCGCCGCCGAGGAAAAAGCGAAGCCUUCUUCCCCGCCGGGGGCCCCAGCCGCCACGCCAGCAGCAAACCCUUCCGGGGCGACGGUAGGAGGGCCCGCUUCGGCCGGCGGCGGCAGGAUCCAGAACCGACACGCGGCUCGCGCGGAGGCCGUGGCGGCGACGGUCGCCGCAGUUGCUUCCGCCAAGGCCGCCACCGACGACGCGGUCGCCUCCGUGGCCGGCUCGAUCCGACACCGUAGCGUCGGCACCUCGAUCUCGGACACGCUCGUCAUCGCCGACGGCUGCACGGCCGACCAAGCAGACGACAGAGCCGGGGGGAGGGAGCAUCGGCCGGCGGCUUGGUCCGAGCCAGCUCCCGGGAAAGAUGACGGAGGGAACUACGUCCGUGACUGCGGCCGGGGUGUUGCCGCGGCCCUGGGUGUGGUUGCCGCCGGCGAUCGUCACCGCCUGAGCGGUGAACGGCGGGCGACUGGGGGAGCCGACGACGGCGACGAGUGCAAGUGGCACAAGCGCGUCGCGGGCGCAUUCGCCGGAGUGGAAGGCACAGCGGACGAUGAAAAGGGGAUGGAGCGCAGGGACGAUAGCGGCGGCGACGGUAGCGGCGGCAAGACCCGAGGAAAGGGUAACGCGGACGAAAAAGAGGCGCGACGCGAGGGAGACGGGACGGAUAGAGCAGCAAAUGUUGGCGUGCCUUCGGGCGUCACGUCCCGGAUGACGGUGGACCCUUGGCCGAAAGAUUCGUGGGUAGAAGCCGAAGGAAGAAACAGGGCCGGGGUGCCGGGAGGAGGAGAAGAUUCGCCUCCGCUCUUGGGCUCUCCCGAACCGGCUCCGGCUGCUGCCUCGAACCCCGCUCGGAGCAUGAACGAACCGCCAUCUUUCCCGUCUUCGUCUCGGCGGUCUCCGGACCGCCCUCAACCGAGCGACAAAACAGACACCGUCGUCACGCGCUCGUCUGCCGUGGGAUUUCCUAUCACGACGGCGGACGGCAGCAUUAGCGGUGGUGGGAGCAAUAGCCCGCCUGCCCCCUCCGGAGGUUUGCCGCCGGAAGCGCGUAGAGCGGGGGAUGUUAGUGCGGCUGCUGCUGCUGCUGCGUCUGGGCCUGAACCCGAGGGUCUGAGUGUUGCCGAUAUCUUCGGAGACGGUGGUGGUGAUUGUGGUGGUGGCGGUAGUGACGAGCUGGGCAUGACGCGUCCUAGGACGGCCACGAGGCGUUGGGAUAGGCCAGGGCCACCAGGCGAAGACGAGGUCAUCGCCAAGACGCUGCUUUCGCGGGCAACCGCGACCUCUACGCUGUCGAAUCGGUAUGGUUGGGCGGACGGGGACGUGUCUGGCACCAUCUCGAAGCUGACACGGCUUGAGAGGUCCGCCACCGUUGCCGACGAUUCCCCAAGGACUGUGGUGGCGGACUUUCUGUGGGUGGUGCCACUCGACGGGACUCGGGUGACCCUCGACCACUGCUUGGAGCUGAUGCCGCUCCUGGAGGGGUUGUGGAAGGUGGCUGAAACCCCCGCCUGCCUGCCUUCAUUCUUGACCACUCGUUGUGUCGCCGCGGCGACGCGGUGCCUGGAGUCGAUCGUGCGGCGCUUUGGAGGCUUCAUUCGGGACACUCUCACGGCCCCGGUUGCCGCGGGGAGGGUGGACUUAGCCAGAGAGGACAGGGUAGCUCGCUGCCGUGAGGCGCACAGGGUGAGUUAG